AUGAAAGGGAGUCUUCUGUUUCUUUCCCUCUUUGUUGCGGCCAACGCCUUGACUGAGUUCACCUUGCCAGUGACGUAAGUUACCAAUCUUCUCGAAGGUUUGUAUUUUAGAUUUUCUAAUGGCGUCGGACCUAGUGUUUCGCUCGUGGUGGACACAAUGUUCACCCAAAGUUUUGUGCUUGGAAGAGAGUGGUUCGGAGAAAAAGCUGGCCGCGGAAAAACUUAUGACCCCGCUCAAUCGAAAUAUUCCAAACGAAUCGAUUACUGGAGGGCGCAUUCGUACUCGAAUGGUGAAAUUUACGGGACAGUUUCCGGCGCGAUUUAUUCAGAUCGCGUUGGAAGCUUUCCGGAUGACGUCGAAGCAUCGUUCCUCGUGGGCCAGGAAUUAGAUAGAGGCUACCCGGCGAAGAACCUUAACGGAACCUACGUUGCUGGACAUCUGGGAAUUGCUCGAGAAAAAGACGGUCCAACUCAAACCAAUUUAGCUGACAAGGUCCUUGCUCAAACGGAGAAUAAGGUUUGGUGUGGAGAGGCGAUUCGCAGUAGCCAACGGUAAGCGUUGUUUGUUGAGCGUAUAGAUUAGGUUUCCAGAAUAAGAUGAGAGACCCUUCCUAUUCCUAAUUCCCCUUCCUUUAGCUACCUCCAGCGUUCGAUUCUAGGAAUCCUACCUCAGGACCACCAGAUCGUAACCAGGAUCCCCAGCAAAGAGUAUAUUAGAGAUUGGGCACUCACUGGCCGCAAUGUUACGACCAGCGGCAAAGCCCUCGUACCUGGCGCUCGAAUAGCGAUCUCUAGCGUCGUGGACAAGAUCCUCUUCCCCAGAGACAAUUUCUCCAAGGCUGUCAGACUUUUCGAAGCCACUAGAGUUGGAGAGCGAUACAAAGUUGACUGUAAUGGCAACUAUGACAUUGAUUUCGUCGCCGGAGGGCAAGAUGUUCGAAUCGAAUCUGUAGAUCUUGUGGAAAAGGAAGGCGAGGAAUGCUUCCUGAAGAUCGGCCUAUCCUUGGAUGAGCUCUUCUAUUUUGGCCUGCCGUUCUUUGCCAACCGCGGAAUUUGCUUUAACUUCGACUUGGACGAAAUUAUUCUCUAUAACCCAAUAUUGUAA